AUGAAUGGAGCUGGGGGCGAUAAAGGUAAAGCAAAGAAGCAAGAGACAGACGAGGAAGAUGAAAUGCAAUUUAUCGAUUUUGAAUAUUGUCUAUGGAGUUCGCGUGGUUACGACCUAUGCAACCAGUUUGCCGCAAUCCCGGAAUGAAUGCUGAUCAUCCACAACGUGUACUCAGUCGAGAAAUACUUCCCUGACGCAGACCACAUCCGGAACUUCGUGUGGGAAUAUUUGAGGGCGCUGAAGAAGGAAGAUGAGAGCCAAGAGACUUCUCCUUCUUUGGAAGACAAUAAAGUAGAAGACUUCUUACUUAAAGUAGUUCUGCUGGAGGGAUUCGAAGAAAUAUACAAACUCCAACAUCAGCAAGAAAAAAACCAAAAAUCUUGGACCCUUUGGCGUAUACUUCAGGACGUCGAGUGGAAGGAUGCCG